UUCAAGAUGGCGGAUGCCAUGGGAGUUUCUUCUCUGUUCUGUUUAGCAUUUGCUUCUCGGCUUUUUCUCAUCUAUAGCCCGGUUAAAGAUUGGCUUACUAACCGAAUAGAGUUAUCUACACCACUAACUGCCUGGAACAGAGUUCAAGAAGGCCUUUCCCUAAUAAAUCAUGGGAUUUCACCCUACUCCGGGGAUGUUGUGCAUGAGACCCCUCUAGUGUUGGCAAUAUUCCUUGGAUUGCAGCAGAUAUCAGAAGUCUUAUUUCCACUUCUGUUUGUGGUGGGUGAUCUGCUGGUUGGAUGGUUACUUUACAAACUUGCCAGUCUUCACUGCCAAAUGCUGCUCAAAGAGCAAGCAUUGAAUCUAAAAUCUUAUGCAAAGUCUGUAGAACCAAUUCUACUCAAAGAGGAAGCUCUACAAAAUGUGCCUUUGCUAGUUUCAUCUAUAUAUUUGUUGAAUCCAUAUAGUAUAGGUUCCUGUGUUGCACAUACAACUGUAGUGUUUACUAACUUGGCAGUUGGAACAGCACUUUUAUUCUCUCUUAGAGGGAAUACUAUGCUAAGUACACUUGGUGUUGCUGCUGGAACAUAUCACUCCUUGUAUCCAAUCACGCUAUUGGCACCUGUAGUUCUCACAUUAAUGAAGGUCAGUUCCAUUGACGUUCAAUUCAACAAGAAGACCAUCAUAUUUGUUAGUCAAGUUAUUGGUUCUUUUCUCGUGUGGACAUUGCUUCUCCUUGGCAUGUCAUACCAACUGUUUAAUUCUUGGGAUUUCCUUCUGGCUACACAUGGUUUUAUUCUACAGGUGUCUGAUCUCACGCCCAACAUGGGUCUCUUCUGGUACUUCUUCACUGAGAUGUUUGAACAUUUUAGAAUUUUCUUUUUGUGGGUGUUUCAACUGAAUGCCUUCUUCUACUGCAUCCCCUUGACAAUCAAAUUGAGGAAUAGCCCAACAUUCCUUGCCUGUAUGCUUUGUUCUGUGAUGGCCGUCAUGAAGUCUUAUCCAGGGCUAGGUGAUGCUGCUUUACCGUUGGCCCUCUUGGCACUGUGGGUUCACAUAUUUCCAUAUCUUCGUAACACACUCCUGGUGAUGUGCAUGUUAAUUUGUAGUUCGUUCUUGGCUCCAGUCUUCUGGCAGUUGUGGAUUUACGCCGGAAGUGCAAAUGCCAAUUUUUUUUUCGCCAUUACGCUGGCUUACUCUACCGCCCAGAUUCUUCUGACUUCUGAUGUUUUCUUCGCUUUUCUGCGACGCGAGUACGAUCUUUAUCAUGGAGUAUAUCCACCUGUUAUAAAAGGAGAGCCAGCCUCUAUCACUCUGCGGUGAUAUAACUAUGGACAUUUUCAUGGUAAAAAUGUUCA